AUGCCUACGACCACAAGCAUCGAUCACGUCAGUAGUCCACCUCCCGAAUCAACUGAAAAUCAAGGCACCGCAGCUAAACCGACCCCGGUUUUAUCCAACGGAACUGCACUGCCUCUCUCGCAAAUUAAACAAGAACAUUCGUCCUCUGAUCCUCAUCGCCAACCGCAACUUUCUGUUUCUGUUCAGGCUUUCUCCAUGUUUCUGAUAAAGGCUAUUGAGAAGAUAGCCGCCGAACGUGAGACUCGCAAAUCACAAAAUGCAGCACUUCGCAAGGCAUGCGAAGAAGCACUGGAAAAGCUUAGAACUCCCACGUCUUCAAGCAACCAAACAUCCGGAUCUGUGGCGGAUGAGAAAACCAGUGAUCAUCUACCUCCCCUGAGGUCAGACAGCGGGAUGUUGCUGGCUGAUGAGAAACUCCUGAAACCGCUGCAACUAGCGUGCAGUAUGAAGUCACCAAAAAUUGUGACUACAGCAGUAGACACAUUACAAAAGUUAAUUGCCUAUGGUCAUGUACCCAAUGAAGCAGUUGGUUCGUCCGGAAAGGUGCGGUUGAUAGAACAAAUCGUCACUACAAUUUGUUCGUGUUUUCAGGGUGUACAUACAGACGACGGUGUGCAGUUGCAAGUUCUCAAAGCUCUGCUGACGGUUGUUACCAGUUCUGUGGUCGAAAUUCACGAGGCGGACAUAUUACUAGCUGUGCGUACCUGCUACAACAUCUAUAUGGCGACAAAAAAUCCUGUGAACCAAGCUACAGCACGUGCUACGUUGACUCAGAUUAUCAGCAUCAUUUUUCAACGCAUGGAACAGAAUGCACUUGAUGCGAUGGUCGCUCUGGCUACACCGCCUCCAACAUCAUCCGCAACCAGUCCUGUUGCAGAUGUGGACAAAAUUCAUACUAGCCCGAUAGAUGCCCGUCCCACUUCGCCGAUAGAUGAUCAAUUCACAGAUGAGACUGAUCAAGCACAAAAAGAAGAGUUACGUGGAAUUAAAUUGAACGAAAAUACUGAUGACCAAUCGGAGGAAGUGGAAUCAGCCAAAGUUAGUUCUUCAUCCCACAGCGACAAACUCGAAACGCCAGAUGACGAAACUCCAGAGGCUAUCGUCCAAAGUGUUCUGAGCGAACUGAUUAACCGUGUUGUACCAAUGCAAAAUAAUACAGAGCUCACCGAGUCAUCCCAGUCGUCUGAGGCCGCACCGGAGCCAGUUUGUGAACCCACUUCCCCGGAAUUCGAUUCGAACAGUCUUCAUUCGUCCAACGACCCGAAACCUGAGGAUCCCUCCGGAAGUCUCAAUAACUCCUCCGCCGAUACCAACGUAGCACCUCCCGAAGCGGUUACAUUAGCACACGUAACCCAAAAGGAUGCGUUCCUCGUGUUUCGAAGUCUUUGCCGUCUGGCUACUAAAGAUUUUGGUGGCUCCCGAGCUGCGGACAUCAAGUCCAAUUCGGUUCGAUCCAAAACCUUGUCAUUGCAACUUCUGCUAAGUGUGUUUCAGCAACCGGGGCCUUUAUUCUUAUCGAGCGAGAUAUUCAUCACAGCUAUCAAACAAUAUUUGUGCGUUGCACUGAUAAAAAAUGGUGUAUCCCCACAUCCGGAAAUUUGCGAGUUGUCUGUGACUAUUUUUCUGGCCUUAUUGACUCAUUUCAAACCUCAUCUAAAACGCCACAUUGAGGUGUUUUUUAAAGAUGUCUUUCUGGAAAUUCUCGAAUCACCGAAGUCUUCUUUCGAGCAUAAAUGGGUUGUAAUCGAAGCUGUGCGUCGAAUUUGCGCGGAUGCGCAGUGCGUUGUGGACAUCUACUUGAAUUAUGAUUGUGACAUGAAUAUGGCGAAUAUCUUCGAACGCUUGACAACCGAUCUAGCCAAGAUAGCCCAAGGCCGUUAUGUGGGCGAACAUGGAUGCACGGUCGCACAGCGUCUGGCCAUACGCACCAGUGGUCUUGAGUGUCUGGUACUGAUUUUGCGUUGUAUGGUUGACUGGUCCCAUGAACUCUACGUGAGCCCAGAGUCCCAGUCCUUCCUCGGCACAGAACCCUCUUUAUCCACAGAAAACAACGAGGUUACUUCAAAUGGACCUAUAGGUGUCAGUCACACACACGGAGUAUCACAUAAUAAAGCAGUGGAUGAUCCCGGGGAUUUCGAGUCGCGCAAAGCCCAAAAGGAAAUCUUCGAAUCCGGCAUUGAUCUUUUCAAUAAGGGAAAAGCGAUUCCAGCGUUUCAGUUACUCGAAGAACACGGUCUCCUGGGCGAUACCGUGGAAGCAGUCGCCGAACUGUUGCUCAUUGAAGAACGCCUAUCAAAAGAACGUGUGGGUGAUUUUCUCGGCGAGAACGAUCCGUAUAAUUUACGUGUUAUGUACGCCUAUGUGGAUCAAUUUGAUUUUGCUGAAAAAGAUUUCGUCUCUGCUAUGCGGUGA